AUGGAAGAGGAAACUUAUGGCACUCCUAAUGCACCUAAGGACAGCCAACUACUAAAGUUCACCUUCAAUGAUGACAAGGAGCAGAUAAUCUCACAUCUGUCCAUCAUGAUUGAGUGUGUUAGCAUACUCUAUCAAGGGAUGCAUGAUCUUGGCCCUUUUGCCAAUUUUUCCAAGCUUGGAAAGCAAAUGCAUACUAGAGUAAACCUAUUCAUUGCCAAUGAAGAGUGGAAUGCUGCUUGCAUCCUUGACUUCAAGAUUGCAGGUUCAGUCAAAGCUGUCCACAAUACCAAGGAACCUAACCAUCUCAUUAAGAGUGAAGCCCUGGCAUCAGCUAGAAGCAAAACCCCCACCUUCAACCCAAAUGUCACUGAUGUCACCAACCAUCGCCUGAUCGGUCAUGAAGCCACGCCAAGUCCUACCCUCGAGCUCAGUGCACUCACGAACUGUCAUGGGCCUGGAUGCGCAGAAAGAAGGAAGAACCGAAGUUCAUAUGAAGGCAGCGCAGGAAUCAAGGGAUCAGGCAGAUCAUAG